GGAGUACAGACUGUACAGUGUAGGUGACUAGGUGUUCACGACAACUGAGUUUGUCAGUUCACUCAGUUGUGUCACUUGUGAACUUCUCUCCUUGUUGUGUGUGUAUGACUGUAUGACUGAAUGUGAUUGUGACCGACAUAUCUAUUUAUUUAUAUUACCAUAUUAGGGCGUAUUUCUUGGGAGGGAUGAAAUGAGUAACUAUUGUGAACGCGUAUGAUUCGACGAAAUCUGGAAUAAUCACGGAUAGACCCUACAAUCCUACAGUCUACGUACAGUCGUACACCAAACUACUACUACAUUUUCACAUGGUAAAACACCGACAUCGAAUUGUCGAACACAAACAAUCGACCCAAAUUUAAAAUAUCAAAAUACAAUACACUUGAUUUAUACAUAAUAUAAAUACGGCAAGAUAUCGUACGAAUUUGAACAGACAUACGUUUUUUAAGUAAAUAAUCAUGUCUUUAGCAAAGUCGUUUGUGAAUGCACCAGGACAGGAACUGGUGGAAGGCGCUAUUGAUGGACUCAUAGAACUUUCGAGCGGCCAGUUGACACGCUUAGCUGGUUAUGAACAGGCUGUAAGGGUUGUUUUAAGGAGUGACUAUCAGAAGGAGGUAAUAGACUGCGGAAAGGUCUCAAUCAUCUCCGGUGGAGGAUCAGGGCACGAACCUGCGCACGCCGGCUUUGUUGGCACAUCUCUCCUCACCGCGGCUGUAUGCGGCGACGUCUUUGCAUCGCCGACUGUGGAGGCUGUGUUACAGGCCAUAUUGGCGGUGACUGGGGAGGGAGGGUGCUUGCUGAUUGUCAAGAACUACACUGGCGACCGUCUGAACUUUGGUUUGGCCGCUGAGCGAGCCCGUGCUUUAUACCAGAAAAAAGUAGAGGUGGUGACUGUUGAAGACGAUGUGGCGUUAGACGGUGUGCCGCAACCACGUGGUAUCGCUGGCACAUGUUUGGUGCACAAGGUGGCAUCCUACUACGCAGCCACAGGAGCUUCUCUCGAUGAAGUGAAAGCGAAUGCGGAAAAAGCUGCCAAUUCAGUUCGGUCCAUUGGUGCUGCCUUAACCACCUGCACCAUCCCUGGGCGUGAUACAAGAGACGAACGCUUAGAUGGCAAUGUGUACGAACUCGGUCUUGGUAUUCAUGGCGAAGCCGGGAGAGAGACAGUCGAUUUAGAAUCAGCCAAGGAUAUAGUGGCGCGUAUGCUGACGCCGCUAUUGAAAGUAGUAGGCGAUAGCAAGGACGAUUUCUGCCUGCUGAUCAACAAUUUGGGGUCAGUGUCGCGCGUAGAGAUGACAUAUCUUUUCGGUGAGGUAUCGAGGCAGCUAACGGACGCCUCUAUUUCUGUCAGUCACGUGGUAGAGGGUGCGCUAGUCACCAGUCUGGAUAUGUGUGGCUUUAGUAUCAGUUUACUGCGUAUCUGUGAUCCCACGUGGACGAAAGCGCUAGAAGCUGAAACGAAUGCCGUUGGAUGGGUACCUGUCCGACAGUAUAAGAAAUUCCAAAGCUCCAACGCGAAGGCACUGCACGAACACAAGGCGUCCGAGUUUGCGGCGGAGAAUUCGUCAGCAGAUAAGCUCAACAGCGACAUUAAGGCGAAGAUAGAGCGUGCUAUGCACAGCUUGAUCGAGAACGAGGCCCAGCUCACAAAGUGGGAUACAAUCUGCGGAGAUGGAGAUUGUGGCGAAAGUAUCAGCAAAGGUGCAAAAGCAGUUCUCAAGGAUUUGGACUCGUAUUUGGACGGUCCGGCGGCUUUGUGUAACGGUGUAGCAACAACCAUAAGUCGAUCUGUGGGUGGUACGAUUGGAGUGCUGUCUGCUAUUUUCUUCAGUGCUGCUGCUGCAGCUAUUCAGGAGAAUGGAUCGGAUGGUGCACUCGCCACAGGGUUUCAAGCUGGUUGCGAUAGCAUCACAAAACACGGUCGGGCAAAGGUGGGGUCUCGCACACUGGUGGAUGCCCUCGUCCCUGCGUCUGAGGCCGCUUCGGAAGGAAUCAAUGGCAUGGCUAAGGCAGCAAAAGCUGGAGCGGAAUCGACAAAAGAAAUGUCAACCGCUACCGAUGGUCGGGCCGCGUACUUGGGAGACACACACGAUCUCAAGGGUAUUCCUGACCCCGGAGCCUGGGCUGUGUAUCUGAUUCUAAGUGCGCUCGAAUAGUGCUGUAUAUGGGUCCGAUUUGGCAGUUCAUGAGCAUGUAAGAUGCUAUUUAAGCUGGUCAAGUAAACAUACUAUGCCAUGCCCGUGCCAGCAUGGACAACGAUCUGAAGGCUGAAGCUGAAUAUAUCGGUUUUGGGGGGCUUCUCGGACACUAUGAGAGUGAGAGUUCAUUCAAUAAAGUAGUGUCGUUGUCGCGACCAAUCAUAACUUUUUUUGUGGUCGUGAGCGACACGUGCAAUGAUGGAG